AUGUCAGAGCUGGGUACGAAAUAUCAACAUUUGCAGAGUGAAUUAGAAGAGUUUAUUGUAGCAAGACAAAAAUUAGAAACACAGCUACAAGAAAACAAGAUUGUAAAUGAAGAAUUUGACCAAUUGAAAGAAGACACACCCGUGUAUAAGCUAACCGGCAACGUUCUUUUACCGGUGGAACAAAGUGAAGCACGUGGCAAUGUGGAGAAGAGACUAGAAUUCAUUGAAACAGAGAUUAAAAGAUGCGAAAAGAACAUAAGGGGCAAACAAGAAGAAUUGGAACAGGUAAGAAACGAACUGGUCAAACUAAAUAAUGCCGCAACUGCCGCUGGCCCAGACAGGUAA